AUGUCAGACGAUUUGUUGGAUAAAUCUUCAUUAUCAUCAUUCGCGAAGCGAGCCAAAUUUGCAUUCGCCAAACGGUAUCCGUCAAGAUUCGCAUUCGCUAAACGAAAUGUUGAUGAGGUAGUACUGAUGAUUAUUUUUUCCAUGGCUGUUAAUUUACAUUAUUAA